UCUUCAGAUUAUCAAUUUUGUUCUUGUACUGUUAUUAUGUAGGACAUUUUGUUAAUUAUUUAACUUUGACCUCAUUGUGGAACUAAAUUGAUGCUAAAUGAAACUUUUUUGAAUUCAAAUAGAAUACUUUAAACCUUAAGGACUAAAAUAGAAUUACGUCCAAACAUAGAGGAUCAAUUUAAUACUUUACCCUAUAACAAAAUAGCUAAUAAAUUAUAAUUUAAAUGACAUAAUCUUUCCAUCCUCACCUAAAAUUUUCGUAUCCAAGUCUCUCACUCCAAACUUUAGAAAAAAGUAACAUUAUUCCACGUAGGCAGAAGAGUUUCCUUAUAUAAAUGAUGUCAUUGGCUUCACGAUUUGUCACAGCACAAGAACACUACUCAUCAAGAAUCUGAAAAACACAGAGAGCUAUAGUUUGAUAAUGCAGUACCAACAAUCAUCGUCAUGGAGCUACUACAUGAGCAUGAGAAGUAACCGUCACCGUGUGGCGGAGGAGGAGAUGACGAUGGAGAGGGUGGGGAGGCUGGCGUCAGAGAGCGCGGUGGUGAUCUUCACCAUAAGCAGCUGCUGCAUGUGCCAUGCAAUGAAAACUCUCUUCUGCGGCAUGGGAGUCAACCCUAUGGUCCACGACCUUGACCUUCUCCCCAACGGCAAACAAAUCGAGCGUGCUUUGAUGUCUCUUCUCGGAAUCAGUGGCGGCGCCGUCGUCCCUGUUGUGUUCAUUGGCGGCAAGCUUGUUGGGUCCAUGGAUCGGGUCUUGGCUUUUCACAUCAAUGGCACUCUUGUUCCUCUUCUCAAACAAGCUGGUGCCUUGUGGCUUUAAUUAUUAAUAAUUAAUCAUCUUUCAUUAAUUUAAUUUCCUUAUUAUUAUUAUGCUUUGAUUUUGUUUUGUAGUUUAAUUUGCCUUAGCCUUGUAUAAACAUGCAAAAAAAAUUAAUGUAUGCGAAACUUGGAAAUCAAAAUUAAUGAGCUUUUAUUUAACAAUUACUGAAACUAACUCUUUCUUUAUUUUAUUUUCUAUUCAUACAUUGCUUGCUAUUUUAAUUUCAUGGAUGCAAGAAUGAAAGGUUUAAUUAUAGUUUGGUUUAAUUUCAAGCAAUUUGAAUAAAGAAUAAUUUCUUUUGCAUAUACAUAAUUUAUAUAUUUGGAACAGUUUUAUUAAAUGGACAUAUACGGAUAAAAUUGCACCAAUAUUUUUUUUUUUUUACCAAAGAUAUGAGACUCGAACCCGCAACCUCUUAAUUGAGUAUGGGGAGACUAUGUCAUUUGAGUUAUUACUCAUUGGCUAAAAUUGCACCAAUAUUGAAAGUUAGUUUUGUUCAUAUCAUAUUGAAACUAUAUUUCUCUAUGUAUCCAAGAAAGGGAAAAAAAAACUGUAAAUCUGUAAUAUAUAUAGAUGUGUUAUUUAUGAAUCCAAUGGACUUGUAUAAAACAUAAAUGAUGAA